AAUAGUUCACUUUAUCUGGAUGAGUUUGCGGGCGACAUUCGUCCUUUUUAUCACCAAGUAUUUGCUGAAAGGUACGGAAACCAAAUGGGAUGACUAAAUUCAAAAAGUCCUUGAAACUAGAACUCGAAAAACAGGACGAACACAUGAGAGAACACAGGGUUAGAGAAUGGUUUUCGAAAUGGGAUAGAACAAUAGCUGCGAUCACAGCUCUUGUUGUAUUUUGUGCCUUACUGAUUUUGGUUAUCGUAAGUAUUAAAGCACGUGGAGACGGUGAAGAUGAUUCAGAAACCGGAAAUGCCACGAAGAAGACGCUCAUAUUUUAUGGGAAAGAUAGUUUAAGUUGCGGUUGCAAAACGGAAGGAACAGUGUUAACAUGUACGGAUACUGCCGUCGAAAAUGUGUGCAGUGUCGUUAAUGACUGUUCGACCCACUAUGAAAUGACAUUCGAGCAACUCAUAUUAACAAAUAUCAAACCGCAAAACAACCAAAUCGAGGAGGGAUGGUUGGACUGCGUCAACUUUAAGAUAACUAGGCUAACCAUAUCAGGCUCUGAACUGACAAACAUAGGUGCAAAAGCCUUCAGUGGACCUCAGCUUACGUUAAAUUCAUUAAAUCUGAACAACAUCGGUGUUAGCGCUUUCCGCAAAGACAUGUUUGAAGGGCUCGCAGUGAUUAAUCUUGCAAUAUCUUGUGAUUCGUCUGACGCAGAUUUUGAGGCAAAUGUGUUCGAAGCCGUUUCACGAAAACUCCAAAUUUUGCAGAUAAGCAAUUGUAUAAGUCAAAGUGAGGGUAACGAUAGACUGACCAAUAUAACUGGUUCUAGUCAAAACUUAACAGCGCUGGUCCAGCUCGACAUUCGGAGUAACAACUUAAAUUAUAUAAAAGCUACCAAUUUUCAGAGCGCGAAAAGUCUAACAACAUUGUACCUUGGAAAUUCAAAAGUCGUCACAAUUGAACCAAAUAGUUUCAAAGGAUUCAGUUUGGGCAUGUUGGAUUUGAGCUAUAAUGAUGGGCUGAAAACAUUACCCAAUGGACUUUUCCAUUCCGGAACGAAGGGUAUCACUAUUGCAGGGAACACCUUCAAGUGUGAUUGCUAUUUGGAAUGGUUACAAGAACUGUUCGACAAUCGACAUGAUCUUUUCCAAGAAAAAGUUUUUUACUGUGAAGGUAAAUACGGAGAAUCUUUACCUUACAAGGAGAAAAUCCCGUUUUGCCCAAACGGUACUACUACUACAACUCCUCCACCACCAACAACAACAAGUAAACCAGAUACAACGACAACAACAACAAAUACACCCGAAGAUUCCGACACUACAGAUGGAUCAACAACAACAGCUGCACCUCCAGCACUAAUGAAAAUAAAGUGCUCGGACCGUACUGGUGUCAAUAUAACCCCUCAAGAUCAACUAUGUGGCGAAGUCAGCAUUCGCGACAAAAGUGUAAAGAUGGAGUUUUUUGUUCGAAACAAAGAUAGUACACCCACUUAUCUCUUACAGAUCACGGGUAAGGUGUCUAAAUCUAGCUUUGAAAACAUAUUGUGGUACAAUACUAAUAACAAUGAUAUAAUAAUGUGUGCUAAUAAUUUAACUGACGGUAUUGAAAUAACUCUGGGAGGUCUAGAUGAAAACGCCACGUACAUUUUCUGUGUGAUAGAUCCUAGUAAUGGCAAUGGUACUGUUUCACCUUUAGACUGCGGGGCAUUCACAAUUCCCUUCCGCAUAGACGAAACUCUGGCGUGGAUUUCUCAGAACGACAUGAUUGCCGUCAUUUGCGGAUUCUGCGGAUCUUUGAUCCUAGUCAGUCUUAUAACUGGUUUCAUCGUCUUCUAUUGCAUCCGCCAACACCCUAGUCUAAUUAAAGGCAACAAGCGGGUCAUAAUUGUGGAAAGUAAGGCAGCAGAUGCUAUAGUAAUGCCUCGGUACUACGACGAAAUCAACUACAACCCCCCAUCGCUCAACAGCUACAGCAACGGAUACCUCACCCCUAAACAUCGAGGUGUUUACAGCCCUCCUAGACCGUCCUCACGACUAAGAACAAUCUCAGAAAACACCGACUUUUCCGUUCCUACUACAAGUUCAGGGGGAAGAAUGAAGAAAGGCCACUACAAGAAACGAACUAGAUUGGAACACGUGACAAGGGCUUUUGAUGAGCACGUGUACGAACCGCCACCGUUACCCCCGAACCACCCUUCAGGAUUCCAUUACAACGACAGCUUCAAUCGAAAUUACAGUCGAGUGUGAAAAUAGAGAUGAAAAUCAGGUCGCAAGGUAGUAGGCAGCCUUGGUUUAGAUCAAUGUGAUAAGGGCAAAAUCACGUGCAAUAAUGCUGCAAUAUUAAGUUCAUUUAUGUAUAAAUAAAUUUUUAUUAAAA